UGGUGAGAGAGGAGCAGAUCAACGCCAACAACAAACAUCAGAUCUAUACAAUCCUUCUGGGCCUGAACAUCUAUUACAGUAUGGCGAGUGCACUGAGAUCCUGGACCGUUCCGCUGGCUCUUGUGCUGUGUGUCAUAGUGUGUCUUAGCAGCCUAGCUGAAGCUUACCCGCCCAAACCAGAACCUCCAGCAGGAGAUAUGGGUCCAGAGGAGAUGGCCAAGUACCACACGGCUCUAAGACACUACAUCAACCUCAUUACACGACAGAGAUAUGGGAAGCGAUCCACCCCUGAGGCCGCUGUGGCUGAACUGCUGUUCGGUGAAGAAGAACAGGACGUCAGGCCCCGUGUGGAAGACUUGUUAUGGUGAUGUGACUCCUCUCUCCUUCUCUGUGGCUGGUGCGGUGGCUUUCUUCAUCCAUCCAUCUCUAUGAUAAUAAAUUAGUUUACUGAACAGCAGAAACCAGCAUGAGCCAAACCCUCAUCAUUAUGAGGCUCCAAAAACACCUCAUGAUAUGUACAUCUCUGUCAGCCUAUUUUUUUUCCCUGUCAUUCACUCUCUCUCUUAUGAUUUGAUUUAUGCUUUGUUAAAGACAAUUGUAAAUAAUUUAUUAUUCACUGUCUAAAUGGACAAUA